CUCUGUGAGCAGCCGUACCAGAUCGGAAGAUGUCAAGGGUUUGGUGCAUUUUAUUCCUUGGCGGCUGGCUGGCGUGGUCAGGAGGAGCUGCUGGCCCAGGAGCCGUCAUCAGGAUCGACCUUGGAACGAUUGACCGCGCAGUCUCCACUGCUCUGAAUGAGAGUGAUGUUCUGCAGAAAAUGGCAGAGGAAGCCGCAAAAAAAAAGGCAAACGCCAAACCCAUCAAAGGCAUCUCGAGGCUGAAAGAUCUCCGUCCCCCGGCGAUAUCGCUGAUGCUCUCGCCGGGCUUGGGGCUCUUCAUGGCCGUCUUAGUCCAAAUGACCAUCACUGGGAAAAGCUGCUUCAUAGGAGGAAACAUGGAAAUCGCUCUGGCCGCAAACCUGACGGCCAGCAGCCGGCUGUGGCAGGACGCCACGGACAUCCCCAGGUUCAGCUCCAGGAACUGCCACAUCGCUCUCGUUAGCGUUAAAACCAAGGUCCCCAGCAGCGUGCUGCCCGAAGUUAUGAGCAAGUUUCUGGACAGCACCCUUCAGAAAGUGCUGCCAUGUCUGCUGUGUCCAGCCGUGGAUGCAGUGCUCAACCGUGUGAAUGCAAAAUUCACCACCAUGACUUCCGAGAUCCCUCUUGGGACUGCUAGGACCCUCCAAUAUGCUUUGCUGAACCCCCCACUGACGAGUGAAACUUUCAUAGAGCUGGAUUUGAAGACCAUUCUCCACCAAAAGGAGGGAAAAGAGGUUGGUCUUCCCAUGGACCGGUCGUCUCUUGCUUCUCUGCCACCAAAGAGGGAUGCUGCUACCCAGCUCAUCCUGUCUGCAAACUUCUUGAGUGCUGAGCUCUCUAUUCUGCAGACAUCCUUCAACCUGGAGAUCAGCAAUAACAUGGUUCUUGGGCUUCCCCCACUGGUGACCACGAUGCUGGGAGCCCUCAUCCCCAAGAUUUCCAGGGUGCUGCCCCCAUCACAGCCAGUGAUGAUUGAAAUGCGAGAAGAGAAAGCACCAGUGGUGACCAUAACCCCAGACAAAAGCCUUGUGCAGCUCUUCAGCACCGCCGAGUUUUGGGUUUCCCCUUCAGACUCUGCUCCCGAAUCCCUCUUUGUCCUGGAUAUUCACAGCAACCUGGAGGUGCAGUUUGCCAUUGCAGAAGAAAAGCUGCUGCUCUCCCUCGCUCUGCAAAGUCUGUCUCGGGUGGCCUUGGCGUCCUCCUCCCUCGGGAUGUUUGACGAGCUUCCGUUGAAAGGAGUUUUGGCAGAUAUUAUUCAUGUGGCUUAUGUGCCAUUGAUCAACAGCUGUGAGUGGCUCUGCCAGGAAAAUCGCUUGCCGGCUGUUUUGCACCCGUGGGGUUUGCAGUGGGUGCUGGAGGAGGGCAAUGCCUCCUGGUCGGGGCUCCGGCAUGCCCACUCCUUCAGAGGCAGGAGAUGGCUGCCCGCCCACAGCAGAGCCACUGCAAAGGGUGCAGGCUUCUCCCCUGAAGCCCCUUUGAAUGUUGUUCCUGUUCUCAAAAUCAAAAUCACUUGCCAUGAACAACCGGGGUGCUGUGCGGAGGGCAUCACCUACCAGCGGACGAGCAUCAGCAGGUUCGAGCGCAUCCCACCUCCAGUCCUCCUGGAGUGCUCUGAGGCAGAGGUGAUGGACCUGGAAAUAAUGCCAUGGCAGUUAGACCAGUGCAGCAUUUCUGAAUCAGAUGGUGUGUCUCCGAAGAGUCUGUCAGCUCAGGGUAUCCAUAAAGCCAUGACACCCAAUUGA